UUGGAGGCAGCUUCUCUCAGUUCCCCAGCACCCACACUGCUUGUUUUGUCAGCCAGCAGAGAAGUUAAACCUUGUGGAAGUUCGCUUUUCUUGUCAAGUGAAGAAAUAUUACAGUUUGUUUUUGUCUUCUUGGCAAACUUGAGUUAAAUCAGCGGAAAAUAACCAUUUGACAGCUAUGACAUACAGACUUUUUGAAGGUAAGGAGCAUGCUGCGUCCUACUGGAAGUACAGAAUCUCUCCUUCAGAUCAUCUAAUCCAACAAGUUCUGGACUUCUUAGAGAAGCAUCGGGGUCGUCCCUUUGGGCUGGCUGUGGACGUGGGCUGCGGUUCUGGGCAGGGCACGCAGAUCCUGUCCAAACACUUUGCUUCGAUUGUGGGAACAGACGUGAGUCCUGCUCAGUUGGAAGUGGCUUUGCAGCAAGCCAAAGAGCCAAACAUCACAUACAGACAAUGUCUGGCUGAGGAGCUGCCCUUCGCUGACAGCUCAGCGGACCUGGUGACGGCCAUGUCUGCCUUCCACUGGUUUGACAGGCCUCGGUUCCUGCAGGAGGCCCACCGGGUCCUGAAGCCCCAAGGCUGCUUGGCUCUGCUCAACUACACAAUUAACAUGGAGCUCAGCUACCCCGACUGCUGCAAACAUACACUGAACCAAGUCUGCAAAGAGUUUUACACAGCUCUGGAACCUUACAGGAGUCCCCACCUUGGUCAGAGCUCUAUUGAUCUGUACAGGGAGGCCUACGGAUCUAUUCCCUAUCCCAACAAGGAGUGGCAGGAGUGUUUUUGGGACAGAAAUAUUAUGCCACUGUCCAGCUACAUGGGACUAGUUGAGUCUUUUUCCAGUUAUCAAGCUCUGCUGAGAGAAGAUCCACAGAGAGCUAAAAGGCUCUCCCAGGAUAUAUCUGAGAGGCUGAUGUCUGUAAUGAAAGUGACUUCUGCAGAGACAGAAGUCACAGUGGCUGUCAAGUAUUUCUACCUCCUGGCCUGUAAACCUCAAGAAUCCUGACUUCUGGCAGCUCUGCCCUUUUUAACAAAGUCAGGAAAGGUUACAUCUGCUUUUACUGGUGCUGAUCAUUUUAAAAAUUAUUCUCUUUGGAUAGAAAGAAUCUCACUAUAUAUCGGAAGCAACUCUUUGGCAUUUGGUGAAAUGCUUAUAUCUGUUUUCUACUGAAAUUUAAAUGAAGUGAUAGCAUUCACUUGUCUUUAAAUAACACAGUAGCAAACAUUGUUUUGUUUUAAAAAUGAUCUUUUUCUGUUUCACAUAAUGCCAGUAGAGGGCGACAUUUGAUCAAAUGUCCUUUUGAUUAACUAUGUAGUACGUCAAUCAUUUUUUUGGGUAUGUCGCUGUCUUCACCUUUCAUUCUGAAAGUAAAAAUUAGAUAUUUGUGUAGUGUUUUUUUUAUGAACUGUAACUGAGAAUAUAAUUUUCAAUGUAACUCACAGUCUUUUCUCUAUUUAUUUACUGUUUGUAGGAUUUAUAAUUUUUAAACGUGAGACCGAAAAGUGAUUAAAACUCAAUGAAUUAAAAUUUAUUUGGCUAGCAGCAUGGGUCUGCACAUUAAUGAAGACUUUCACUGAGUCAACUGGGCAAACCAGGGGUGUCCCAAAGUUUUAUCCCACAGUCCAAAACAUUUAAAGUUAAUAUCAUACCUAGUUCUAUCGGACUGACUUUUUUGAAAGGAGACUAUACUAAAUGGUAGAACUGGGACAAGAGUACUUUCUGUGCAAGGGGAAGAAAAAACAGCAAAUAAAACACAAUAUUAAUGGCAGCAAAUAAGGCAAAAUGCUGAAGGUCAGUAUAUUUAUAGUUUUCUGCUAAUAGUAACCCAAAAGAACCAUUAUAAACUGGGAAGUAUUGGGGCUUUUUUUGUGUCAGUGCAAAAUGUAUGAGCCAUUCAGAUCACUUCCAAAGAUCAAGCUUUUAUCUGCGAGAUUACAGCUCAGAUCAAUAGCUGUCCAUCCUAUGAGAUUGGAUAUGCUGACAAAACAUGGCUCACGCCAGGCUUCAGGUGAUUUAUUCCUAUUGAUCUGUUUUUUGAAAUAUGUCCCUCCUCAAAAUAAUACCCUGUCACUACAGUAGUCUGACACGUCUCGGUGGUCCUUCCGUCUUUAUGGACUGCGGGUCACGGAUGUAGGUUUGAAAUUGGUGCAUUAUGACAGAGGCAGUGUUUUAUGAUUUGAAAAGGCGAUGCGGAAAGUGACAAUGGAGUCAGGUACAAACCAAAAGUCAAUGUGAGAACAUUAGACAGGAAGAUCUUUGUUUGAAUA